AUGGUCACAUCGUCAAUUUUUCCCCUGGAGAUUUGGUUGAUGAUCUUUCAGUAUCUUCGCGACGAAGAAAGCCCACAACACAUCAGCAGGCUCGCACAGACAUGCAAAUCUUUCCAUCAAGAACUUAAUCAUGUUAUAUACCAACCUGUACGACUGAGGCGGGUGGAGAAUGCUCGCCAUUUCGCCAAUACCAUCUCUAGUCGCCCAGACUUAGCUGCACUUUCCGACAUUCCGAGGAUUGAUGACGGGCACACGCCACAAGCGGAAGUACAGGCAGUGCUUACCGAUAUUUACUACCGGAACGAGGACUUACACAUGAGAGAAUCAUGUCUGGAAGAUCUAGAGUCUCUCAUGAUGGAGAUGCACGAUAAAGGGUUCCGUCUGGGUGACGCGUCGGAUCCAUUCGGCCUUGGAUUUCAUCCUUUGGACGACAACUUUUCGAUCCAAUGUUGGGCAGAGGGUCAUAUUGGAACUGAUUCGGAUCUUGACCCUAAAUAUAAUGCGGGCAAGUAUCAGCCUUAUGUCGAAUUUAAUGAGACAAUUUUCACCUUGCCCCAUUUGCGAAAACUCUGCAUCACAGGUGUUACAUUUCGGGGAUUUGGAUUGGAAGACGAGUUCAUUGAAAAUCGUGCCACGCAUUUAAAAGAGCUGCUGCUUCUCAACUGUCGAGUCUCAGCUGAGAAUCUCGAACUCAUCGUUCGAUUCCCACGUGCCUUGGAACGGCUCACCAUUAGAGUUCCUGUGUCUUUAUUAUCUCAGUACGAGGAAGAAGAUUACUUGUCAUUUUCCGAGGAAUUGAGCUCUCGGCAUGCUGAAUCCUUGGAGUACUUGGAUCUAGACAUUUACGGAGGCGCAGAUAUCGGCGUUGAGCUUGAUUUCUUUGAUGUCCUCAAGGAAAUCGUAAUCACCCCUCAUUCAGUGAUUAGGGGUCGUGAGGGAGAGAUAAGCUUCCCAAGUAGUCUCCAGAGACUUACAAUCCGAUACGAGGAAGGCACUGGUCUACAAUUAGAUGACAUCUUCGAAGAAGUUGAGGCCGCAAGUCUGCCCAAUCUGCGCACCGUGAUAUGCCAAAUACCCGACAAUCUCUGCGAAGGUACAACCAGCUCGGAGGUACGCGUCGAAGCCGAGGCUUUCAAACCCCAAUUCAAAGAUUUCGGGGUGGAGUUAUCAACAGAACUCGUUCCAUAUCCUCUGACCAUGCCAAAAUACGAUGUCUGUCCGUGUGAAAACUUGACCUUCUAUCAUCAAUUUCCCUUCCAUCCCCGUCCCAAGCCUCGCCCGCAAAACGUGCGGGCAGGCUACAGCAACCCUACGCCGAUGCCCCUCGUUUAUGAUUCGGACCCAUAUGACGGUGACUAUCCUUACUUGUAUGACAUGAGCCCACCUUCUCCUCCCCGAAUGCCC